AUGUCGGUAAAAGAGCAGCAAGAAGAGGAGCUGGAAGCUUUGGAUGCUAUUUUUGAAGAUGAUGAGUGUUACGAAAAGGUUUCUGAAACGGAGUUUAGCUAUAAAAUUACUCCAGAAGGGGAAUCCGGUAAAAAUGUCAAAAUCGACUUUAAAUGGGGAGAAAACUACCCCGAAGAAGCGCCAGAAUUCAGUCUAGAGAGCUUUUACAACACUCAUUUGACGGAUGCGACGAAGGAACAUAUUUUGGAAUUUUUGAAGAAUCAAGCAGAAGAAAACUUAGGAGACCCCAUGAUUUACACCCUCAUCGAAGGAGUCAAGGACAACAUUGACGAUUUAACAAAAUUCCAAAAAGAACGCCCGACAGUAGUGAAAGAGCCUGUUGAAGUGAAAGAAAAGAAGGUCAAAGAGAAGAAAGAACAACUGACGAAACGGCAGAAAGCGAGAGCAACGAACAAACUCGUCGAUGGAGAGCUGCCACGAGGACACGACUGGGUCUGUCUAAUCAGGCACUUAUCGCAAACUGGGGGCUUACCUGAAAGCGCUCAAAGUUGA